AUGCUGCAUGUAGAACACACCUGCGAAAUCCCAAAAGAAGAUGAUAUAUUGUUCCUUCCUGACAGAACGCCACUGCGAAAACUCUACGAUUUCCUCCGCCUUACGCUGAUGGCCUCGUACAGAAAUCCGGCUGCUCGUAAAUAUCUAGGAAGCACCGCUUUCAUCGUGUCCGAGAGACGUCGACAGUUAAAGAAAUACAUGCACAUUAUUCAUCCUUUCAGCAUGUUCAGCCAUUGCUGGAAUAUCGUGAUAAUAUUCGUAAUAACAAUCAUGGAAAUACUGAUUCCGUACCAAGCCGCAUUUGAAAUGAUUCAACGCCCAAUGGCUUGGACCGUCGUGAAAAACUCUUUGCUGGGGGUGUGCUGUAUCGACAUGUUGAUCAAAAUGAAAACAGGCUACAUGGACGAAGAGGAACACAAGGUGAUAUUGGACCCGAAGAAGAUAUUAAACAGAUACAUCAAAUCGAGCACAUUUUUCCCCGAUCUGUUGGGUUCCUUUCCUACCGAUCUGUUUUUUAUAACAUGGUGGUACCGGAGGAAAGUGUUCCGCAAAAUAGCGUCCCUUAUAUGCGUCUUUCGAGUAUUCUCUCUAAGCCACCACAUAAGCAAGCUAGCGCACGCUUACGAUAUGCCGUUGGCCCGUUACGAAUUCUGCGUCGUUAUAUACUGGCUAUUGAUUGGUGUCCACUGGCAGUCUUGCUUGUUCUGGAUGAUACCAAUAGCAGCCAUGUCCAUGCAGAGGCCGAAACCACCGGCGAAUAAUUCCUGGGUGAUGGAGCAGGAGCUUUGGCACCUGUCGAGGGGAGACCAGUAUUUUUCAUCCAUGUUACGCGCUAUAGCCACAUUCAUGAAGUCCGGGCUGCUUCAAGCGAACGAGACGAACAUGGUCGAUUUGUAUCUGAUAAUAGGACUACAGGUACUCGGCAUCCUGGCCCCGUGGAUACUAAUCAGCCGGGUGAUGCAAUUCUUCAAAGGUACCAACAGUUCCCGUCUCAAGUACCAAGCGACCAUGGCCCAGCUGAGACAGUACAUGAGGCACAAACACCUCCCACAUGUCACCCAGGCGAGGAUCACAGAGUAUUACGAGUUCCAUUUCCAACGUCGAUACUUCCGCGAGUCCGAGAUCAUACACACCCUGUCCACGCAGAUGCGACACGAGAUCAGCAUGCACUCCUGUCGGAAGCUGGUCGAAAAUGUCACCUUCUUCAACAACCUUCCACUCUCGUUGCUCGGCCGAAUCGUCGGGCAGCUAAAAUCCGAGAUCUUCCUCACGAACGACGUGAUCGUCCGCGCGAACCAACCGGGGGAUUGCAUGUACUUCAUCGCUACAGGAACCGUCGCGAUCUACACGAACUCGGGCAAGGAAGUCUGCCACCUGGAGGACGGCGCCCACUUCGGCGAAGUCGCGCUCGUCAUGCCGAACGAGUUGAGAGUAGCCAGCGUUGUGGCUGUCGAGGUGUGCGAGCUGUAUCGUCUGAACAGGGCCGACUUCGCUAGGACUAUACACCCUUAUCCCAUGUUGUGGGAGAGAAUCAAGAAGAUCGCCAUCGAGAGGCACGAGAAAACAAUGAUUCUGAACGCCCAGUAG